AUGGCAUCUUGGGGUGCUUGGGGUGGUCGCCGUGGUGGAAAAUUUGUGAACGGCCGCGCUGCAGGGGCCAGCCCCAGAUGCGUGCGGCUGAUCCUGACAACAGAGGAGGGGCGCCUUUGCAUGCACUCUGCCGACCGCGAUGGGGGGACGCCGAUUGCCAUCGCAUCAGCAACGGGUGCACUGGAUGCGCUCGAGGAGCUGCUGCGUUGCCCAGAAGGACUCAGGCAGGUCCGGGAUCCUCCACCGGAGCUGCAGGACUUUCUGCCUUUUGCAGCGGCAGCUUUCCGUGGCCAUGUCGACUGCAUGCAGAUGCUGCUGGAUGCUCGGGCGAUGCCGGAGCUUCGCGCAAAGAGCACUGGCAGGUCUGCCAUGGACUUCGCCGUGAUCGGACAGGAGCUGCCCACUGCCGAGCUCUUGGCAAACCAGCUGCUGCCGGGUGCCGGCACAACUGCGAUCUUUGCAACAGCUCUGACCUGGGCUGUGCACACUGGAGUGCCAGGCAUGAUUCGACUGCUUGCUCAGCGUUGUCCGGAGGCCUUGCAGAGUCAGGACUUUAUCCACCUGGUCUUGAUGCACGGGCCAAGCAGCCGUGCCGAGGUCACGUGA